AUAUACACGGUGCCAAAUCCCAGAAGACUGCUUUCUUCAUAGUUACCGCCGUGAAAGCCUCAAAUCUUACACAGCAUUGACUUGCAUCACCCUGAGGAAUACGUUCAGCACUUCAGCACGGCUGCCAUUUUUAAAAUUAAUCAGAAUCGAUCAGAAUAAUAUAAAGCAUGUCAACAGUACCAGGCAAACGAUUAAAACUUGAGUCAGAAGGUAGAUUAAAAAUUACUCAACAGCUGCGAAUUAAAUCAAGACGAAAAUACUUAGUGAAAAGAGAGAAGGACAAGAGAGCAGAAUUGGAGGCAGAUAUCAUUGAUGAUGAAUAUCUGUUUCAGGAGGAAGAGCUAACCGAACGGGAGCGUAAGGAACGUGAACACAAGAAGAAAUUACUUCAGUUGGCAAAGGAACAUGAGCAAGCACGUAAACUUGAGAAACAUCCUGUUGCACUGACUUUCGUCCAAGAUAUGUUUGCAGUGUCCAUCCUUUAG